AUGGAAAAUUACCACAAAAGGAUAGAUCGAGAAUAUAAGAAGCGCGUCAAAGAAAGAGAACUGCAGCCAGGAGACCUAGUGUUGCGAGAAAUAAUGCCUUAUCAGAGAGGAGGAGCUGGAAAGCUGGAGAAAAGAUGGGAUGGACCAUACAUAAUAAAGAUGGUAACUAUACAAGACAGGGAUAUUGUUGCUCUGUACACCUUGGGAAGGUGCCACAAAGAACCCUCUGGAUUUGAGGGGCCCUGGAAAACCAAUCCCCUAGUAUUUGAUAACUCUUGCUUCAAAGAGCUUCUAAAUGGGGAGAAUGAAAGCUUAAUACAACUCCUAACUGAUAAGACACUCUCGACUAAUCCCGUUCUUCGUCCCCUAACUGAAAACUAUGUAGCGGUAGCAGCAGAGAAGCCAAAUCCAACAAUACUUUUGAAGGCUUGGGAGUUACUAGAGGUCGAACCUGAGGAUGCUCUACAUAUUGGGGAUGAUCGUAGGAAUGAUCUUUGGAGUGCUAGUGAUGCAGGUUGUGAUGCUUCCCUGUGGGGAAGUUAUGUUAACUCUUCCAAGGAGGCAAUAACUAGUUUUCCGCAGCCUUUUGACAAAAGUGAAUCAGUUCCCAAAAUGAUCAAACUGAAAGCAAAAGAUUACCACCCUGUUCAAUCUCAAAACAUGGAGCUUGCAACAAAUAGGAAGUCGCAUGUGAACCAAGGACACAACACAUUGAUGCUCUGCUUGAUAUCAUUUGUGAAGUAUUGUCAUAGGAGGAGCUGAAUUAUCAUUUUGUUUUUCUAUCAGUUUAUUAGUUUAGCAUGUUGUUGUCAGAACUUAGAAAUCUUGGGCAUGUAUUAUCUGAACUCAGUAUUUCAUUUUUUUUUUUGUGUAGUUUUACACCCAAUGGAAUGAAUGUUAAAAUUCUCAGUUAAA